AGAAAAAGGAAGCAAAGAGAGUUUAGGAGCAUCGGUUUCACGAUAGAUGGAUAUACAGACGAAGAAUUAAGAGCAAGGUAUCGCUUUGGAAAGGAGUCUAUAGAGUAUAUUACCGACCUUUUGGCAGAUAAUCUUCGUCGUAAAACCAACCGCAAUCAUCCUCUCUCCGCUCUCCAACAAGUCCUCAUUGCUUUGCGCUUCUACGCAAGUGGCAGCUUCCUUCAAGUGGUGGGAGACACCGUUGGUGUUGACAAGUCGACAGUGUCACGAGUGGUGGCAAAUGUAUCCCUGGCACUUGUUGCUAGACAACAAGAGUAUGUCAAGUGGCCAAGACAACAGCAAAGAGCUGGGCAGUUUAAAAACUGCCUUUUACCAGCGAGGACGAUUUCCCUGCGUGAUCGGAUGCGUCGAUGGCACGCAUAUCCGAAUCCAAGCGCCCAACAAGAACGAGAACAGCUACGUGAACCGUAA